UAAAAGAAACUGCCAAAGUGUUCAACCGUACAGAAAGAAGUUCCGCGCUCAACAGUGAAUUACCAGCACGCUCCUCUGGUGAAACAACAUUCGAAACCCCAGCACUUAAAACUUUGCCUUAAUUUUUUUCAAACAAAAUGAAACGAUACUCAGUGCAGGUCCUCUUCGGAGUCAUGGUCGUGGGACUAGUACAUGGAUUUCCCGAACCUCCAGCUGCAAAUCAAUUUGGUGGAGGAUCACAGAGCUCGUAUGCAGCGCCAGCUCCAUCAGGUCCUAGCUACAGCAAUGGUCCUGCCCCACAGUACGGUCCUCCCCCACAACAGCCUGUGAUUCACAAGCACGUCUACGUGCAUGUGCCACCUCCAGAGCCUGAGUAUCCAGAGGCAAGAAAACCAAUUGUGGUUCCACCACCGCAAAAACAUUACAAGAUCGUAUUUAUCAAGGCUCCAUCGCCACCUGCCCCAAGGGCUCCAGUAAUUCCACAAAUCCAACAGAAUGAAGAAAAGACUUUGGUGUACGUCUUGGUCAAGAAGCCCGACGAACAACCUGACCUCGUGAUCCCAACUCCAGCUCCAACUCAGCCCAGUAAACCAGAAGUCUAUUUCAUCCGUUAUAAGACUCAGAAGGAAGAAACUGGUCCAUAUCCAAAUAGUAUAUCUCCACCACCAUCUGGAGAAUAUGGAGCACCACAACAGCCUGCGCUACCACCUACUCCCAGCACAGGCUAUGGAGCACCACAUUGAGUGAUCGAAGUUUGCGGUUUUUGUUGUACCUUUGUAAAAUUCUUUGUUUGUUCUCAUUUUCUUUGUAAUUAUUAUUUUUCUAAUUUCUUUUUAAACAAUAAGAAUAAGAAUUCUGUCGAAUGAUGACAAAUUAUUUUUUAAAAAACACUAA